UAAGAGCGCAUAUAUUUAAAUCUGCUCAUCACAUCGAUCGGUUCAUCUCACAAUCUAGGCAGUUUUCAUCUACAGUGCAUUUCAUCAUGUUGACUAUGAAAGACUUCUUGUUGCGCCCGUCAUUUGAGUCGACUCAAGAAGCUCAAGAAUGGGAAAAACUCCAGAAAACAGUCCAGCACUCAAAACAAUUCAACACAGAUUUCGAUCACAUCGUUCUGCACAAGGACCUUUUCGGAACAUUCUUCUCCUACUACCUGCUGGAGAUACGACUCAGGAUAAUCCAGAUUUUGUCCGAAUUCACUAAGAUCGAAUGGCGCGAGCCAAAACCGGACAACGAACCAGACCAGUUCAGCGGUUUUGGUGCACCUCAACCGAUAAAAAAGCAACCACAGGAAGAGAAAGAACUUCACAUCCCUGAAUACGGCAUCCUAGUGAGAGGGUACAAAGAAAAGCUCCCGUUGGAUUGUUGUGGACAGCAGUUCAAGACAUUGAAUAUGCUGCGAAUGCAUUAUCACGCGGAGCACGAAAAGCACUAUUUGUUUGAGGCAAACACGUGCGAGAUGAAAGCAUCAAUACUGAAGAUGUGUAUCUUCCGACACGAGCUAGACGAAUUCGUUCGAAGUGGGAUCAGCUGCAACGGGGCAUUGAGUUUUUAUUUACUGAAAAUUUUAAGGAAAAUCAUUCCUGUAAUAAGGUAUUAAAUCUUUCGAUAAAGGCAGUUCGCUAGAAAGAAGAAUUUAAGAUUUUAUUAUUUAAUAAUAUUGAAAAUUUUACUGUUAAUUCUAUAUCUAUAUAAAUAUGCAAUAAUACAAAUAAUAAUAAUCGAAAUGAACUCGAAAUGACACCAAUAAAUAUUUGUAAAAACUACUAUGAGGUAAAAGUACACCAAUAA